CCCCCCCCCUAAAAAGCAGAACCGGGGACCCAUUGCAAGCAGCCCCCCCCCAACCCUGAUCUCUGCAGGCGGGAGUUCCACCGGUGAAGGCCCCGGUUGUGUGGCUGCCUGGGCGGGGACCCGGCGCGUCCCUCGAGGGGAGGGCUCGGGGGUGCCCCCUUGCGCCCCCAUGCCAGGCCGGAGCAGCCGAGCGCAGGUGGCCCGAGGCGCCUGCUGUCCCCCCACUUUCCUCCCCCAGGUCCUUCUCCUGGCGCUGCUGAUGCUCCCUCUGCUGCGCAGGGCCUGCCAGCUCUUCUCCUCCAUGGCCGCCUCCGCCGGGGGCCCCUACGUCCCCGGGACCCUCUCGGCCGCCUUCGUCACCUGCCCCAACCAGACCGUCGCCAAGGAGAUUGCCAGGGCCCUCGUGGAGAAGAAGCUGGCAGCCUGCGUCAACAUCGUCCCCCAGAUCACCUCCAUCUACGAGUGGAAGGGCAAGAUUGAGGAGGACUCGGAGGUGCUGCUGAUGAUCAAGACGCGCAGCUCUCGUGCCUCAGCCCUGGCAGAGUUUGUCCGGUCGGUGCACCCUUACGAAGUGGCGGAGGUGAUCGCUGUCCCCAUCCAAGAGGGGAACCCUGCCUACCUGCAGUGGGUCGAGGAGACUGUCCCAGAGUGAAGCGGAGGGGCUGGGGGGCGCCCCACAGCCAAGGAGGAGGUUUUAGGAGGAGAGCAGAAAUAAACACCUCUCCGCCCCAGCCUGGUGGGGAGAAAGCCAA